CAGUGAGUACAUCCGGGGCAUUCUCCUGUUUCACAUGCCAGUUGGUUCAGCUGUCAAAGACUUUCAUGCAUGUGCAGAAGCUGCAGCAGCAGCGGGCUUCGGGACUUAGCUGUCUUGUAGGAUAGAGGCGAUGGCGCUGAUGGGGAUCCAGCUGGUGGUCAGCUUGCUGGCCGCCAGCAUCAUGCAGAGGAUGGCCCCACACUGCUCCUUUGCACGCUGGCUCCUCUGCAAUGGAAGUCUGUUGAGAUUCAAGCACCCGUCGGAGGGCGAGCUAUGUGCCUUGGCGGGCAAACAGAUGCCCAAACAGACCAGGAGAGACAGGCGGCAGAACGGCGAGAACAAGCCUAUCACCGUGCCCAAAGACAUCAACCUUCACUUGGACAAAGCGCCGGUCAACGUCAUGGACGCUCUGGUGCUGCGUUUCUUCCUGGAGUACCAGUGGCUGGUGGAUUUUGCAGUCUACGCUCUGGGCGUCUUCCUGUUCACCGAGUGUUACUACAGCGUGGUGGACGCCAGCAAGGAGGUCAAUAUUGGAGCCAUCUGGUGUGUCCUCACUGUUCUCUUUAGUUUAAAGGCCCUUCACACUCUGAUGAGCCACUACUUCCGCUCGGAGGAAGGUGGCGAGCGCUCGGUGUGCCUGGCCUUCGGCUUCCUGUUGCUGCUCGUGGCCAUGCUGGUGCUGGUCGUUAGGGAGGACUACCUGGAGUUUGGCCUGGAGCCCGGCUUUACCAGCCUCUUCGACAAUUUGGAAGUCUUCGUCAAGCAGCAGGGCUACGCCGACUGGUCCAUCCCGGUGACGAAGCUGACGGUGAAGCUGGGGCUGGCGGCCGUCUGCGCCUACAUCGGGGCCCUGCUGGCCUUCCCCGGCCUCAGGCUGGCUCAGACGCACCUGGACGCCGUGCAGAUGAACUCGGACCGCCCGCUCAUCCAGAUCCUGCUGCACAUGAGCUUCCUGUCCCCGGUGGUGGUUGUGGUCCUGUGGGUGAAGCCCAUCGCCAGGGACUUCCUGGCCCACGCGCCCAUGGGGAAGACCUCGGUCACACUAGUGUCCAGCGGGGCCUUCGACAGCGUGCGCCUGUGGGUCAUCGUGGCGCUGUGCGCCCUGCGGCUGGCCCUGACCCGCUACCACCUGCAGGCCUACCUCAACCUGGCCCAGAAGUGGGUGGAGCAGAUGAAGAAGGAGGCGGGACGGAUCGCCGCCAUCGACAUCCAGAGGAAGGUCACACGUGUGUUUUGCUACUUGACGGUGGUUACUCUUCAGUAUCUGGUUCCAGUUCUGCUCAUCCUCUUCUCCACCCUCUCCCUUAAGGCGCUGGGGGACUUCUCCUGGGUGCUGGGGGCUGAGGAGACCCCCGGGGUGACGCCGGCCCUGGUGAUGCCCACGCCAGCCCCCGUGCUGCCCGGGGGGGUGGACGACGACGAGGAGGGGGCGGAAGACAUGGAGGAGGACAUCCAGGCCACGGUGGCCCGUCUGUCGGAGACCUUCGCCGCGCUGCGCUGCGUCCUCACCCCCCUCUUCCUCCGGGGCUUCUUCGCUUUUCUCACCUGGUGGGUGGCGGCCUGCCAGGUCAUCAGCUCCCUGUUCGGCAUCUACUUCCACCAGUACCUGAUGCAGAACUGA